AGAGGGACCUUUCAUAUGUAGCUCUUCCCUGGCUACUUAAACAGUGCACCGCGUUCCCUGAGCACACUCUCCAGUCACACGGCCAGAGAAGAAGGGGUUACCGGCGGCAGCAGCAGCAGCGAUGGCGAUCCGGCGACAAUCAUCAGCAGCAGCUUCUCUACUCCUGCCGCCGGUGGCUGCUCUUCUGUUUCUAUGGAUGUUUGGCGGGGGGCAUGUGAUGGCACAUACUGAGAUUCGCAACAUGACGGCUCUCCAGAAACAUGUCUCCUUUUUCAACCGUAACAAGGAUGGCAUCAUCACUCCUUCGGAAACAUUUGAAGGGUCUGUCGCAAUUGGUUUUAAUGCUACAUAUGCCAGAGAAUUUGCCACCUUGGUGCAUGCUGCUAAUGGUCCUAUAACAAGCCCCGCUGAUGCACCAUUGCCUCACUUAUCAAUAUACAUAGAGAAUAUGCACAGAGGAAUGCAUGGGAGUGAUACCGGUGCAUUUGAUGUUAAAGGAAGGUUUGUUCCACAAAAGUUUGAGGAAAUAUUCAUAAAGCAUGCAAAAACUAGACCAGAUGGUUUGACAUAUUUGGAGAUGGAGGAUAUGAUCCUAGCAAAUCGAGAUCCACUGGACCCUGCAUCAUGGGAGGGACCUCAAAUAGAAUGGGGCGGAAUAUACAACGUCGCGAGUGACAAUGAUGGAUUCCUUCAUAAGGACAAUGCGAGAGGUAUAUACGACGGAAGUGUGUUUGUAAAGCUGGAGGAAAAGAGGGCCUUUUCUCAUCAUAGUGCAAUGUAAUAGAGUGCAACAUGUUGUACGCUGAAAUAAUUAGGGGAACACAUAGUGUGUGUACUAAGACUGGUAUAUGUUUGUUCAAGUGUUUGUUCGCACAUAAGUAAAAUACUGUGAUGUUUAUCAAGAUAUA